AUGGCUGUUCUUAGGGAUGAUGCAGACCGCUGGAUAGAUAUUGACGAUAGCGCAGGAGACGGCAUUUCCCGUGAGGAUAUCGGUAGGUAUCUUCGGUACCUUGUUGAGAUCAAGUUCAUGGCCGCACCCACGGGUAGAGGACGUAAGCUGCCCGAGAUUGACACCUCGAUCGCCGAGGCGCAAGCACAGUGGGGAGUUGGUGGUCGCGGAGGUGCCUCAUAA